AUUCUCACUAGCUUGAUUUAGGCUAGUCAUGUUGCACAUGGUUUCUUCAAUAAAUCGUGAUCCUUACUUGUUUAGAGACAUCAACUUAAAUUUCGUGUCCAAACAGCUUUGUCAUUCGCAAUUAUGAACACCAAAAUCAUCGCAGCAUACGAGCCUCAAGGCACUACGCCUGACUUGAAACUCGUACACGGGUCUCUGCGGGCAAUUCGUCGCAGUGAACUCCUUGUUCGAGUCGUUGCUACUGGCAUUUGUCACACAGACCUCAUCUUUGCCACCUGGCCUGCCGAUCAGAUCCCAUACCCCAAAGUCUUAGGGCACGAAGGUGCAGGUGUUGUAGUGGAAGUAGGGCCGGGGGUAACGAAAGCUCGCGCUGGUGACUUUGUGCUUCUCUCUUUUCACAAUUGCAAAGACUGCCAUGACUGCAAAGAAGAUCAUCCGUCUUUUUGCAGCAAGUUUACCGAAGUCAAUUAUGGCGGCGAGGAUGCAACUUAUACCGCAGAGGGGUCCGAUUUGCGUGGCAACUUCUUCGGUCAGUCGUCCUUUGCUGAACUGGCAGUUGUCAAGGAAACGUCUGUUGUAAAUGUGACCAAUAUCAUUGAAACUGAAGAGGAAUUGAAGUUAUUCGCGCCGCUUGGUUGCGGAUUUCAGACUGGUGCGGCGACAGUUGAAAAUGUUGCCAAAGCAAACGAGAAAGACAGAAUCGCAGUUAUAGGUCUUGGGGGCGUCGGAUUGGUUUCGAUAAUGGCAGCAAAGAUGCAGGCUUGCCAGACUAUCAUCGGUAUUGAUCGCGUACCGGAGAGACUGAAAUUAGCGUCAGCCCUUGGAGCAACUCAUGUGAUCAACACAGCUGAUGAGAACAUUGACAUAAAAGAGGAGAUCCAAAGAGUCACUGGUGGAAGAGGAUCUUCCAUAACGAUUGACACGACAGGGAAUAUGGGCCUCAUCAGAGCAGGUCUAGAUUUUACUGCCAACAGAGGCCAACUAAUCUUUGUUGGAGUACCACCACUCGAUGCCAUGAUGGAUCUUCAUCUUGUUACAUUUAUGCAGACUGGGAAAAUCAUUCGAGGAACUAUUGAAGGCGAUGCUAUCCCUUCCGAGUAUCUACCAUUAAUGAUCCAAUGGUAUCGAGAAGGAAAGCUCCCAAUCGAUAAGCUGAUUAGCUUCUAUAAGGUGUGUCUAUUUAUUCUUAUAGUAAGUAAGGUGAACUAACAAUCCUGUAAAGCCAGAAGAUUUUGAGACUGCUUUAAAAGACAUGAAAACUGGAAAAACAGUUAAACCAGUUAUUACUUGGUAGUUGUUAUCUUACCGCCAUUUCAUUAUAAACUUGUAGUUAUUAUAACCUUCUAAAAGUGAAAGCCAUAAAACCCAGAUCCCAGAUAUGGUUACAUUCACUGACGUUGCCUCAGAGCUUGAGAUAGUCCUGGCUGAGGGUUUGCAUUACUGACUCUGAAAACAUGAAUUGAUUGGCAGGAAUUCAACCUCGGCAGAAAAUGAGUGCUCAGGUGUCAAGUCUUGUGGCUGAUGUAAAUCUUGUUUUGCACCCUGACUUACUACUUUAGGAAAUAGCGUGGAUUGGCAAAACAGAGCGGAGUUAGAACUCACGCAUGCUGACUCAAUACAGUCGAGUCAACAGAGCAAAUUACUGAAUUUAAUAGAGAACAUUACUUUGUAG